AUGUUUUCAGCGUGUACUUCAAUUGAAGAAGAAGAAAAUUUGAACUUGAAUUCGAGAAAAAAUAGCGAGAGAAGAGGUUCGAUGAUGGGUGAGUUCGGGGAAUGAUUUCAUUUUUUUUUUUUGAAAAAAAAAUUGAGCUAGCAGCUGAAAUUUCAGCUGUUUCUCUGAAAAAUUUUCAUGGGAAAACAGAAGAAUUUGAAAUUUGAUUUGAUUUAACGAAACAGAACACGAUUUUUUAAUGAAAAAUUUGCUGUUUCAAAAUUUUCUCAUAAAAUUUUGGUCUUGAUUUUUUGAAUUCGGUAUUUGGGUUUUCAAAAUUCAAACAUUUUUAGUUUCUAAAAAAAUUUGCUGUUUCAAAAUUUCUUUGAAAUUUUAUUGAAAGAUUUGGACUUUUGUUAGUUUUCUGAAAAUUUCUGGAAAUUAUUAUGAUGAAAAUUUCACUGUUUCAAAAUUUUUAGAAAAUUUUGGUCCUGAUUUUUGAAAUUCAGUAGUUGGUUUUCAUUUUUUAAAAAUUAAAACAUUUUUUUUUCGAAAAAAAAUUUGCUGUUUCAAAAUUUCUUUGAAAUUUUAUAGUAAAAUUGGGAUUUUUGUUAGUUUGCUAAAAAAAUUCUGGAAAUAAUUAUGAUGAAAAAUUCACUGUUUCAAAAUUUUUAGAAAAUUUUGGUCCUGAUUUUUGGAAUUCGGUGUUUGGUUUUCCAUUUUAAAAACUAAACCAUUUUUUAAUUUCGAAAAAACUAGGGGCGGUGCCCCUAGGCGAAACAGUUGUACAAAUCCUCAAAAAUUCCAAAUUUCAAAGAAAAAUCAUUUUUUUCGCAUUUUUAAAAUGAUCAUUUAUAAAUUAAAGAAAUAAACAGGUUUUCACGUAGGCAUUCGUGGUCAAGUGGUACGUGACUUUGCCUUCGAAUCUAAGCAUUUUUGACGGGUUCGAUUCCCGGUCGAAGCAUUUUCCUAUAUCCGCUAGGUAUGAUUUUUAAAAUUUCUGAAGAAAAUGUGAAAAAAAUGGUGAAAAAAUGUGCGAAAAAAUUUCUAAUGAGAAUGCAUACCUACGGGAUUUUAUAAAGAGGUUAAUUUGCUGUUUCAAAAUUUCUUAGAAAUUUUAUUGAAAAAUUGGGAUUUUUGUUUAUUUCGUGAUAAUCCAUUCAAUAAUUAUGAUGAAAAAUUCACUGUUUCAAAAUUUUUCAAAAUUUUGGUUCUGAUUUUUUGGAAUUCAGUAGUUGGUUUCCUUUUUUGAGAAUUACAAAUUUUUUUUUCGAAAAAAUUUGCUGUUUCAAAAUUUCUAUGAAAUUUUAUUGAAAAAAAUUGGGAUUUUUGUUUAAUCCAUGAAAAUCGCAGUAAAUAAUUAUGGUGAAAAAUUCACUGUUUCAAAAUUUUCUCAUAAAAUUUUGGUCUUGAUUUUUGGAAUUCAGUGUUAGUUUUUUUUUAAUUUUUGAAAAUUAAAACAUUUUUUUUUCGAAAAAAAUUUGCUGUUUCAAAAUUUCUGCAAAAUUUUAUAGAAAAAUUGGGAUUCUUGUUUGAUCCGUGAAAAUCGCAGUAAAUAAUUAUGAUGAAAAAUUCACUGUUUUAAAAUUUUCAUAAAAUUUUGGUCCUGAUUUUUGAAAUUCAGUAUUAAUUUUUCAAUUUUUGAAGAAUAACAAAAUUUUUUAGUUUCGAAAAAAAUUUGCUGUUUCAAAAUUUCUUUGAAAUUUUAUUGAAAAAUUUGGAUUUUGUUAGUUUUCUGAAAAUUUCUGGAAAUUAUUAUGAUGAAAAAUUCACUGUUUCAAAAUUUUUGUAAAAUUUUGGUCGUGAUUUUUGGAAUUCAGUUUUAAUUUUUCAAUUUUUAAAAAUUAAAACAUUUUUUAGUUUCGAAAAAAAUUCACUGUUUCAAAAUUUAUUCAAAAUUUUAUUGAAAAAUUGGGAUUUUUGUUUGAUCCGUGAAAAUCGCAGUAAAUAAUUAUGAUGAAAAAUUCACUGUUUCAAAAUUUUUAUAAAAUUUGGGUACUGAUUUUUUGGAAUUAUGUAGUUGGUUUUUAUUUUCGGAUAAUUACAACAUUUUUUUUUUCGAAAAAAAUUCACUGUUUCCAAAUUUCUAUGAAAUUUCAUAGAAAAAUUCGGAUUUUUGUUAAUUUCUUCAUGAUCCCGCUGAAUAAUUUGGAUGAAAAAUUCACUGUUUCAGGAUUUUUGUAAAAUUUUGAUCCUGAUUUUUGGAAUUCGGUGGUUCGUUUGUAUUUUUUGAGAAUUAAAACAUUUUUUGUAUCGAAAAAAUUUCACUGUUUCAAAAUUUUCCUAUAAAAUUUCAUCCAAACUUUCAGAAUUCAGUAUAUCUUCUUUUUUUGAUCAAAAGUCAGAGAUCUCAUUUUCGGUUAAAUACCGAAAAUAUGAGGAUUAUUGAAAAUUUGUCAUUUUUCUAAAAAAUAAUUCUGAUUUUUGCUGAAUUUCAGAAAAAAACACGAGAAAAAAGAAUUUCGAAAAAAUUCACUGUUUCAAAAAAUUUAUAAGAUUUCGUGAUUAUUUUAGAAAAUUGUUAUGUCGUACAUAUAAUAUAAGAAAAAAUUUUCAGAAAAUUUACUGUUUCAAAAAAUUGUUGAAUAAUUUUUUGCUUGAGAAUUUUUACUGGGAAGGUUGAUGGCGAAAAAAAAUUAUGUUCAAAAAAAUUUCCGAAAAUUUUUUGCAAUCAAAAAAAAAAAAAAACCGUUUCAAAAAAUUAUGAAAUUUUGCAAAUACUUUUGAAAAUUGUUGGUUCAUAGUAUAUCUGUUCAAAAAAUUUUCUAAAAAAAUUCACUGUUUCAAGAAAUUUAUAACAUUUCUCUCAAAAUUGUUCCAGAAGCUUAAAAAUUUUUAUAAACAUUUUUUUCAUUCCAAAAAAAUUCUCAGCUCAAUAAAACAACUAUGACACAUAUAUUUUUGCUAAAAAAAAAUAUAAAAACCUUUCCAAAUUUAUUUUCAGCCUCCAAACUUUUCCCCAGAAAAUGUCAGACACUCUGAAAAUGUUCUGAAAAUUAUAGGUUAUCCCCAAGUUUUCCGAAUCACCUCAGAUUCUGAGAUUUUUUUUCCAAAAAAUCAUAAUUAAUUUGUCUUGAAGCUAAAGUUUAGCUUGAACUUUGCAAGCCUAUAAUUUAGGCUAACUCCAAAAUUUUCUGAUUUCAUUUUUCUCAAGCUUUUAUGUGAUGAUCCCGGAACAAAAUGCCACUUUUUUUGCUCUAUAAUUAAAUUUAUAUUUUUUUUCUUCAAAAAAAAAAAAGUUUUUCUCGAGUUCUAUUCAAAAUAAAAAAAGUGGGCGGAGUUUCGGAGGGCGGAGAAGCUCUGAAAUUGGAAAAAAAAGGUUCAAUGAAUUUUUUUCGAAAAGAGAGAGAUUUUUAUUUUAUUUUUGGGAAGGGCUAUAAAAUUGUCUAGUUUUUUUUUGUUUGGAAAAGUUUUCUGCGAAAUUCAAAAAAAUGAGGAUUCAGGACUAUUUUUUUGAAAAUCAAAAAAAAAUUCAUGAUUUUUUUGAAACAGUGAAUUUUUUAAAGAAUUUUUUUCAAAACCAGUUUCUCCAAAAUCGAAAAAAAAUCAUGAAUUUUUGAAAAAAAAAUUUUUUCUGAGCUUGGAAUUUUUUUUAGGAUGAAUAUUGCGGGAACAAUUUUUUGAAAAUCAAACAUAAAUUUAUGAUUUUUUUGAAACAGUGAAUUUUUGAAAAAAAAUUUUUCUGGGCUUGGAAUUUUUAUUUUCGCUCAAGUGGCUGGAACAAUUUCUUAAAAAUCGAAAAAAUAAUUAUGAUUUUUUUGAAACAGUGAAUUUUUUCAGAAAUUUUUUUGAUAUGUAAAUUAUUCCGGUUUUGCAAAUUUCUAAUUAGUUUCUCCAAAAUCGAAAAAAAAUUCAUAAUUUUUUUGAAACAGUGGAUUUUUGAAAAAAAAAUUUUCUGAGCUCAGCUAAUAUCAAAAAAUGUUGGAAAAUCAAAUCAGAUAUAAAAAUUUUGAAACGUAUUUUUUCCCACAUUUUUUUCUCGUGUACUUCUCCCGGACAACCUUAUAAAUUUAAGAGGCUAGAGAGGUUAGAGAGACUCUGGUUGUCUAGCCUCUCUGCGUCUCUGUUGUCUGAGCUCUCCAAAUUAUCCGUGUACUUCUCCCGGACAACCCUAUAAUUUUUUCCAAUUUUUUUCUCAAAAAAAACUUUGGCCCAAAAAAAAAAGCCACAAAAUCUUGUUUUUUUUCGAAUCUUCGCAAAAAAAAGUUCGUAUUUGUGCCAAUUAGGAAAAGCUGCUGCUGCUGUUUUUUUUUGGCUCGCGUCGUGUUUUUUUUUCAGCCAAAUUUUUUUGUGUUCUGAAAAAAAAACUCGGCGGCCAACCUAAUUUUCUAGAAAUAAAUUUUAUUUAUUUUUUAUUUCUUAUUUCCCCCCCCCCCCGUCUGAGAUUUCCGCUCUCAUGUAGAUCAAAAAUCCGACACCUCGAGGAAUUUUUUCCGGAUCAAAUUACGUCCGCGGAAAAAAAAGUUCCGCGCAAGAUCAAAUUCGAGCCCUGAGCAUCCUGAGCUUCUCAUAAUUAGCCAAAAUUCCUUUUUUUCAGGAAAAGUUCAAAAAUCUUUCCAAGAAAAUUGAAAAGCAAAAAAAAGCAGGCGAAAAUUGUUGCGCUUGACUAAUUUUUCUAAUUUUCAAAGAAUUUCUCUUUGUUUUUGCUCGAGACAUCGAACGGGGUCAGAUUUGCGAUCAGGAAUUGAGAUUUGAAAAAUUCUGCGUCUCUGACAAGAGUUGUCUGGUCGUCUAGCUUCUCUGUGUCUCUAAUUCUGGUUGUCUGUACUGUCUUUCUAGUUUUCUCUAUCUCUCUAGCUUUCUGUUUCUCGUUGUCUAGCUACUCUGCGUCUCUAACAUUCAAGACAGUCAUGUUUUGAAGUCUAGUGUUCUCUGCAUCUCUAGCUUUCUGUUUCUCGUUGUCUAGCUUCUCUGCGUCUCUAACUGUCUCUGCUCGUCUAUACGCUUUUUUCUCUGCCUCUCACUUUCUUGCCAUAGCUUCUCUGCGUCUCUAACAUUCAUGCUUAAAAGUCUAGUGUUCUCUGCAUCUAACAAUACUCUCGCCGUCUGGAUUCUCUAGCAACUUUCUCCUAACAGUGUUCCUCUGCGUCUCUAUCUCACACUCUACUCGUCUAGCUUCUAUCACUUCCUGCCUCUCUAGCCUCUCUAGCCUCUCUAGCCUCUCUACCCUCUCUAGCCUCUCUAGCCUCUCUAACCUCUCUAGCCUCUCUAGCCUCUCUAGCCUCUCUAGCCUCUCUAGCCUCUCUGCGUCUCUAGCCUCUCUGCGUCUCUAUCCCGCCGGAAAACAUGUCCACUUUCUCUCGAACCCAUUUCCUUUUUCCGCCGCUUUUACCUUUAAAAAUAUGUUUUUCUGGUGACUGGCUCCUGAUUUUUCUUCAUAAUAAAAUGAAGGGAAAAUUGACUGGUCGUCCGCAGAAAACUUCUUUUUUCAUCUAUUUUUGGCUCUCUCAAAGCUUUCCUUGUUUUUUUUUCGAGAGAAAAAAAAGAAGAAAAACAACAAUUUAGUAGUUAGCCGAAGUUAGAAACACGCGCGUUUUUUGCUCAAGUGUUUUUGUGACCUUUGAAGAUGUAAAAUUGCAAUGAAGCGCGCCCCCAUUUUAUAUUGACAAUUUCCACUGUUCCGAAAAAAAGAGCGGAUGGCCGAGUGGUAGCGCGUUUGCCUCACAGGCGCGUGACCUGGGUUCGACCCCACCUCCAGGCAAACUUUUUUUUUUUUUUUUUUCGUACCCAAAACACAUUGGCUUGUGAGCAAAAGUCAAUGUUUCUUCAAAUUGCUGAGAUUAUGCGAACAAAGCGACUCAUUUUUCUUUCUCUUCUGGUUUUCCCAAAAUUAUUAGUUCUUUUCUUCCUCAUUGUUCCAAAACUUCCUCAAUUCAUGAUCAAACUACAUAUUUUUUCUGAAAAAAAAAAGAUUUUUUGAUCUCUCACUCUAUAAAUCUUUUUCUCAAUUAGACUAGUCUAAAUUUAAAAUAAGCAAUCAAAAUACAAACCGAACAUAAAUAAUUUUUGGCCGAAAAUUUUCGCAGAGAGGCCACGCCCCAUUUUUCUCGGUUCAUAAGAAGAAGCCCGGCUGGUGAGCUUUGAAAUUUGCUCUGAGAAAUUUUUUUCGGAAAAAAAAAAUUUCCACGUGAGUUUCAAGGGACCUACGUAUUUUUUUCCACAUUUUUUUUCGUGUACUUCUCCCGGACAACCUUAUGAAUUUAAGGCUAGAGAGACUCUGGUUGUCUAGCUUCUCUGUGUCUCUUACACUAUCUCUGCUGUCUGAGCUCUCUAGACAUUUUCCAAAUUAUCCGUGUACUUCUCCCGGACAACCCUAGAAUUGUUUUUAUUUUUGUAGAGAAUUAGACGACGAGAGUAUUGCUAGAGAGAGGGAGAGAGCUAGAGACGCAGAUAAGUUAGACGACGAGAGUAUAAAGAAAAAUAGUGACGCAGAGAUACCAGACGACUAGAGGGUGAGGCUGUGUGAGAAUUAGAGAGGCUAGAGAGCCUAGAGAGCCUAGAGAGGCUAGAGAGAGAGAGAGAGCUAGAGACGCAGAGAAAAAAUACGUUUUUCUGAUCUUCAGAGGCUAAUUAAAAUUAUACUAUUUCUUAGAAAAUUAAAAUAAUUUUUUUUUUGAAAAUUUUCUUUAAAAAAAUUUUUUUCAAAAUUUUCAAAAAAAAAUUUUUUUUUUCAAAAUUUUCUUUAAAAAAAAUUUUUUUUUCAAAAUUUUCUUUAAAAAAUUUUUUUUCAAAAUUUAAAAAAAAAAUUUUCAAAAUUUAAAAAAAAUUUUCAAAAUUUUCUUUAAAAAAUUUUUUUCCAAAAUGUUCUUAAAAAAAAUUUUUUUUUUUAAUUUUCUAAAAAAACAAUUUUUUUCAAAAUUUUGUAAAAAAAUUUUUUUUUUAAUUUUCUUAAAAAAAAAAUUUUUUUUUCAAAAUUUUCUUUAAAAAAAUUUUUUUUCAAAAUUUUCUUUAAAAAAUUUUUUUUUCAAAAAAAAUUUGAUAUUUAAAAUUAUAGCUUGAUAUUUCAAUGAAUUUUGCAACUUUUUUUCCAAAACUUCCCGAAUCUCUUCCAGUUUUCCAGCCAAAAAUCUGAAAUCCUCAAGAUUUUUUUUUCUUUCAGAUACUAUGAUGGGUUUGCUUUCAACAAUUCGCGGCAAAAAAGACAGUUCAGUUGGAAGUGGAAUUGGUUCAGCACAAGUCGGACCACUCAAUGCAAAAACCAAAAAAUUGGUGAUUCAGGAAUGGCCAGCGUGGGUUUUUCUGGAAUUUUAGGGCUGAAAAUGUUCCUCAAGAUUUUUUUAAGCUAAAAUUAAUUUUGUUACAGUACUCUUCUUACAGUACUCUUCUUACAGUACUCCUGAACCCGGAACUUUGAAUUCCUUUUUUUUUCAAAAAAAAAAGACGUGACUUAUCUAAACUCGGAUUAUUUUUGACUCGCUUUUUUCUCAAUAUUUAUUUACUUUUUUAUUUAUUUACAUGUUUUUUUUUGGUUGACGAGAAAAAGGAAAAAAAAACAAAUUGAAAAAAAAAGUUUCAGCUGUUUUAUAACAGCACACGUCACUUUUAUGGGGACUUUUGGCUCAUGUCAGAAUUUAAGCCUAAGCCUAACUCAAGCCUAAGGUUCUGGCUAAGCCUAACCUAAGCCUAAGGCACUGCCUAAGCCUAAGGCUCUUCCUAAGGUCCUGUCUAAGCCUAAGGCACUGCUCAAGCCUAAGGCCCUCCCUAAGCCUAAGGCCCUCCCUAAGCCUAAGGCCCUUCCUAAGCCUAAGACACUGUCUCAGCCUGAAGACCUUUCAAAGCCUAGCCUAAGCCUAACUUAAGCCUAAGGCCUUGUCUAAGCCUGAGGCCCCGUCUAAGCCUAAAAGGCCCCUGCUCAGCCUUAGGACCUGCCUAAGCCUAAGGCCCUUCCUGAUCCUAAAGAUUUUGCUAAGCCUAAAUACCCUGCCUAAGCCUGAAGCCCUUUUCAAGCCUAAGGCCCUUCCUAUUCCUAAGGACCUAUCUAAGCCUAAGGCCCUUCCUAUUCCUAAGGCCCUGCCCAAGCCUAAGGCCCUUCCCAAGCCUAAGCCCAACCUAAGCCUGGGGCCAUGUCCAAGCCUAAGGCCCUGUCUGACCCUGCUCAGUCUUAGGACCUGCCUAAGCCUAUCCCAAGCCUAAGGCCCUUCCUAAGCCUAAAAGGCCCCUAUCCAGCCCUAACCUAAUUUUUUUUCAAUUUUCCAGAGUUCUCGCCCAAUCGCCGGAUCUUUUUCAAGAAAUCUGGCUGAAAUCCGCCACCAGAAGCACAUCAAUCAAGGUACAUAUAGAAUUUCUGGAAUUUCAGACUGAAAUUUUCAGCCAAAUAAAUUUCAGAAAGCCUUUGGCAUCGGCGACAACGAGAAUCCGAUGCAAAACGCGAGUUUCCUGGGCCUGUCGGCCACAAUUCAGGCCUACUUCUACAAACUCAUCAUCACCUAUGAGCUCAACGAUGAGCUGGUCAGAGAGUCGUGUGAGCAGUUGGGUGCACGACAUGUCGAUUUUAUCACUCGCGGUUUUCACUCACAUUUUUGGGACAUUUUUUUGGUUUGUAUGGCGGAGAAGAUUGAUGAGACAUUGUCGGCCUAUAUGCCCGAUGAGGAUAAGAAGAAUGAGAUGAUUUUGGCGUGGCAAAGGUUGGUGAACGGGGAGCGAAAGGGUGUCUGCGUCUCUAGAUUUGUCUGCGCUCUCUGGGCUCUCUGUGCUCUCUGGCCUCUCUGGACUCUCUGCGUUCUCUGCGUCUCUGUGCUCUCUGUGCUCUCUGUGCUCUCUGGCUUAUCUGGCCUCUCUGUGCUCUCUGUGCUCUCUGCGUCUGUAGCUUUCUCUGCACCUCUAGCCUCUCUAGCCUCUCUAGCCUCUCUGGGCUAUCUGUGCUCUCUGCGUCUCUAGGUUACUCUGCGUUCUCUGGGUUUCUAGGUUCCUCUGUGCUCUCUGGGCCAGAUGGCUUCUCUGGGCUCUCUGGGCUCUCUGGGCUCUCUAGGCUCUCUAGGCUCUCUAGGCUCUCUAGCCUCUCUAGCAUCUCUACCCUCUCUACCCUCUCUGUGCUCUCUGCAUUCUCUGGUCUCUCUGUGCUCUCUAGCCUCUCUAGCCUCUCUAGCAUCUCUAGCCUCUCUAGCCUCUCUAGCCUCUCUAGCCUCUCUAGCCUCUCUAGCCUCUCUGUGCUCUCUGGGCUCUCUCUUCAUUCUCUGUGCUCUCUGUGCUCUCUGGACUCUCUGCGUUCUCUGCGUCUCUAGGUUCCUCUGGUCUCUCUGGACUCUCUGCGUCUCUCUGCUUUUUCUGGGUCUCUAGGUUCCUCUGUGCUCUCUGGGUCUCCAGGUUUCUCUGCGUCUCUAGGUUUCUCUGGGCUCUCUGCGUCUCUAGGUUUCUCUUGGUCUCCAUGUUUCUCUGUGCUCUCUGGACUCUCUGCGUUCUCUGUGCUCUCUGGGCUCUCUACCCUCUCUAGCCUCUCUAGCGUCUCUAGCCUCUCUAGCCUCUCUAGCCUCUCUAGCCUCUCUAGCCUCUCUAGCCUCUCUGGACUCUCUAACCUCUCUGGACUCUCUGGGCUCUCUAGCCUCUCUAGCCUCUCUAGCCUCUCUAGCCUCUCUAGCCUCUCUAGCCUCUCUAGCCUCUCUAGCCUCUCUAGCCUCUCUAGCCUCUCUGUGCUCUCUGUGCUCUCUAGAUUUGUCUAGGCUCUCUAGGUUUCUCUUGGUCUCCAGGUUUCUUUGGCUCUCUAGCCUCUCUGAGUUCUCUGCGUCUCCAGGUUUCUUUGGCUCUCUAGCCUCUCUGCGUUCUCUGCGUCUCUAGGUUCCUCUGUGCUCUCUGGACUCUCUGUGCUCCUGGACUCUCUGCGUUCUCUGCAUUCUCUGGGCUCUCUAGCCUCUCUAGCCUCUCUAGGCUCUCUAGGUUUCUCUGUGCUCUCUUACUCUCAGUACUCUCUCACGACCAUACAAGGCGCCCGUUGAGUCAGACACGAGACGACGAGAGUAUUUUGCGAAAAUAUCCCGAAAAUGAAUUUCGUGGCGAGAUAUUUUCAAUGAAAUGUGUGUGUCCCUUUGAAAAAAUACCGUAUUUUGUUUCAAGGAACACUGUAUUUUAUUGAAUAAAUAUCCCGAAGCGAAAUUCAUUUUCUGGAUGUUUUUGCGAAAUACUCUCGUCGUCUCGCGUCUAACUCAACGGGCGUCUGGUAUGGUCGUGGGAGCGAGAGUGUGUCUGCGUUUCUAGAUUUCUCUAGCCUCUCUAGCCUCUCUGUGCUCUCUGCAUUCUCUGUGCUCUCUGCAUUCUCUGUACUCUCUGCGUCUCUUUGAAUCCAACACUCUCUCGUCUGAUUUUCUCUGCGUCUCUAGAAGUGCUCUCUCUCUAGCCAGUAUUUAGAGAGUGUAGAAUAUUAGAGACGCAGAGAAUAUGUUUUUCUCUGCGUCUCUCUAGUUUCUCUGCGUCUCUAGAUAUUUGUAGCUAUCUAGAUCUCUGGGCUCUCUGCGUCUUUUGGAUCCAACACUCUCUCGUCUGGUUUUCUCUGCUUCUCUAACCUUCUCUAUACCCUCUCGAUUUUUGAAUUUUUCUCUGCGUCUCUUAUCUCUCGCACUAUGUUUUCUUUGCGUCUCUCCUGAAUAUUCAGUUUGUCUCUACCUCUCUCUAGUAUCUCUGCGUCUCUAACCUUCUCAAUACUCUCUCGAAUGUUGAUGUUUUCUCUGCGUCUCUCAAUGUCUAACCUCAAGCUCUCUGCGUCUCUGACCUAUAGAAAAACACCAGACAACCUGGCACCAUGUUUUGUCUGCGUCUCUCGAUUCACCAUGCUCUCUAAUGAUUUCUAGUAACCUGAUGGUAGCUCACGUCUUCUCUGCGUCUCUCUACAAAACCUCACCCUCUAUUUCAUCCCAAAUAACCCCCUCUACGUCUCUGCGUCUCUAACCAAUCAAUACUUCCAGAGUCGUCAACUCAAUAGUGCAUCAAAUGCGCGCCGGCUAUUCGGACCGCCGAAAACAACAAAUCGGCGGAACAAAAACGCCAAGCGUUUGA